CAAAGCGCUGGUGUUUUAAUCGAGGGUAAACUUAUCCUUGUCUGCAAGUAUUACGGAGACAGUACUAGAGGAACGUGUCCUGGUCAAAUUCCUUGCUCGCUUCUUGACGAACGAUCACCCUUACGGGUCCUCAACUCUGGCCAGCACUCUGGCUUCCUACUAUAACUAGAGAAUACGUAGCAUCGAUAACUCGAUCACUGUUGUUAACUUUGUCGCAGACAUGGGCAAUUUCUCUGGGAAGGCAUUCAGUGUUGCUGAGCCCCAACCGAUUGUUGCCACUCCAGAGGUCCAAGCUGCACAGUGCGAAGUGAAGCCCUGCCCCAGCCCCGCAGCGCUUCCUUCAGAUGAAGCGUGCCUACGUAACGAAAACCACGGGAGUAGACCUCGCGCCUGCGACAGGCUUCUGGGGUUACAGUCUGCUUUCCCCAUUUGCCAUGUUCCCCGAGAUGGCGUGGACUGCAGCAGUAGUGGAGCCAGCAGCGCCAGCAGCAGCAGCUCCUGUGAAGAGACACCAGAAAGCCUCAGCUGUGGGAGCAGCGAGGCCGGCAGCGACGGUGCAUACACACUAUCAUGUCCAUGGAAUGCUCUCUCAGAACUAUCCGAUGACGACGCAGCCGCAGCAGAAGGAUCAUCUCGGCUUCCUGCUGGGACAUCUGCUGGGACAAGUAGCGAAGCUGCUGGCGUGCGUUCACCCGCAGCUCUCCCGGCCUGCUCUGAACCGCUGAGCGAGGAGGAUAGAAUUCCUUCUUCUCCCGCUAGGUGCUCCCCCUCAGAUUCGAUCCUACAUGAUGACGCUAAGACCCCUGUUGGCAAGCUUUUAGAGGGUCUGGCGCCUCUGGCGCUGCCACGCAGGCCCUCGUCCCUGUGCGUAGAAGUAUCAAGCCCCAAGGUCAAAUACGGCCUGCUGGGUGUGCAAGACAGAGUCGGCACGCCCUUCCUCUCGGCUGAUGUUGACCGCUUGGUUGGGUUGGUUGUGUCGAGUGCACUAUGGGAGGAUGAUGAGUGAAGGGAUUGCGCGCCGCAGUAUUAGAUAGCGUACAGGGGUGGGCGCCGCCAGGCAUGCCGCGUGGAAGUGCUGCGUGCCGAGCAUGCACGCGCAUGGUGCGGAGCUCUGGUUCAUCGACAGAGCAAAGUACGCCACUUGUUUCGAUGUAGCUUUUAGGCAGGCUGAACCGCUUUCAGCGCCGCAUCCUCAAGCCUCUUUGUUGCUAUGCCAUUCGCUGGCAGUUGAGGCGAGAGUCGCUGUUGUUGCCUUCCGCCGACAUUGGGCGGAGGUUUGCUAGCUCCUUGCUGGCGUGCAAUGUUGCCGCCGUAUGUAUCACCACGUACCCUGGCCAUUUCAUCGUUGGGAAUGCAGUGUACCGUGGGCCGUAGGUGAGCGGCUGACUAAAGCGGCUUGCCAGUUUUCCAAUUCAUCCCAUCGUUAAGUUUUUGUGCUAUGACAUGACAAUCAGUGGCUUGAUGUGACUGCGCGUUCCUGUUGCAUUGUUGCUGACGCAGUUGGAGACAUUCACCUUGUCUGCGGUGGACUUAACGCGGCAAGCUAUUGACCUGACAUGGAUGGCAUUCCCAGCAUUGUUGCAACACAUGUACUCAAUGGUACUCAGCCCAAUGGCUGUAUUACAAUAAACCAAUCUGAAGUCGGUCUGUUGUAACAGUUGCAUGGUUG